AUGGGUGAAAAUGCUCAAUCUGUACCUAACGAUACAGGUCCCCAGGGCCUUAAUGGGGCGAAUUCAGCUUCUAACCAUGAAGAUAUGAAAGCGAAUGAGAUAACAACAAAUUCUGUAACGUGGGAUGGACCUGAUGACCCAGAAAACCCAAAGAACUGGUCCAUGAAGACAAAGUGGAUUACCAUGGGGAUUGUCUCUAUGUACACUUUCAUCUCUUCCGUGUCUUCGACAAUGGUAGCGUCCGCCCUAGAAUCUAUCGGAGCCGAAUUCAACAUCAAAGAAGAGUUCAUUCUUCAACUUACCGUUUUUAUCUUUAUCCUGGACUAUGCUAUCGGCCCGCUAUUUAUUGGACCGCUCUCCAAGACAUACGGCAGAGUUAUCGUCUUGCAGCUGGCCAACUUGAUUUAUCUUGCCUUCAAUAUUGGCUGUGGUGUAUCCCAGUCGACAGGGCAACUUAUCGCCUUUCGAUUUCUAUCUGGUCUAGGCGGUAGUGUCCCUACGGUUCUGUGA